CUCGGUUGGCGGCGGCGUUUGGCCCAUCGCGGCCGCCUUAGCCGCGCCGUCCCCGGCGCUCGCCGCGGUUCCUUAGGGUCUGCCCGGCCUCUGGGGGUUCCGCCAGCGGCGCCCGCCGCUCUUAGGCCGGGCCGGGUCCGGCCGGGCCAGCGCCAUGUUUACCAGCACCGGUUCCAACGGGCUUUAUAAAGCACCUUUGUCAAAGAGUCUCUUACUAGUCCCAAGUGCCAUCUCAAUUCUAUUGACUCUGCUAUUCCAACAUUAUCAGAAGUUCUUUGCGUAUAACCUACAAGCUAUAAAAGAGGAUUUUCAGAUUUGGAGACUUGUAUGUGGGAGAACAAUAUGUCUUGAUUUGAAAGACACAUUCUGCAGCAGUCUGCUCAUUUACAACUUCAGAAUAUUUGAAAGAAGAUAUGGCAGCAGAAAAUUUUCUUCCUUUUUACUGGGUGCUUGGAUGCUCUCGGCUUUGUUUGAUCUUCUCCUUGUAGAAAUUGCUCAGUAUAUAUUUGGCAUCACCAUCGACAGCUUGCCUUCUGGCUUCUUAGGUCCUGUGUUUGCACUGUUUGUACCAUUUUAUUCCUCCAUUCCAAGAGUGCAGGUGACACAAGUAUUAGGCUACUUUUCUAUCACAAACAAGACACUGGUCUACAUACUGGGUUUACAGCUCUUAACCUCUGGUUCCUACAUCUGGAUUUUAGCCUUAAGUGGAUUGGUUUCUGGGAUUUGCUACAAUAGCAGUAUAUUAAAAGUUCAUCGAAUUCUGUGUGUACCCAGCUGGGUAGCAAAGAUAUUUUCUUGGACUCUUGAACCAAUCUUCUCAUCUGCGGAACCAACAAAUGAAAUUCAAGUGGGAAUGGGAGCAACGGUUGACAUCCAGAGGCAGCAGAGAAUGGAGUUACUGGAUCGUCAAAUCAUGAUGUCUCAGGUUGCCCAAAUGAGGCGGCAAAGACAGCAGCAGGGUGGGAUGAUUAACUGGAAUAGACUGUUUCCUCCUUUACGUCAUAGACAUAAUGCGAAUUAUCAAGAUCAUCGCCCGUCUGAACAAGACACACCUCCACCUACCGAGGUUUCUGAAGAGCAGGUUGCACGACUUAUGGAAAUGGGUUUUUCCAGGGGAGAUGCUCUAGAAGCUCUGAGGGCUUCAAAUAAUGACUUAAAUGUAGCCACUAAUUUUCUACUGCAGCACUGAUGGUUUUCUCUGGGAAGGAACUUCACUCGAUGGGUUUGUACAUGUAUGAAAGAGGAUCAAAGCCACCUGCUGGACAGACUCACGAAGGUCGUCCCUGCAAGAGCGUCAGGAAAGAGAAACUGGCUUCGCGUGACUGGUGACUCAAAGGGAUGUUAAUGAAUGACACGAACUGUUCCCAAGCCUUCAGAUCACUUGGUGGUUUCUAGUCUGGUUAUCCUUAUCAGAAUAACUUUAGUUUCUACUUAUUGCUGGAUAUCACCUAAAUUUAUUUUUAAAAUAAAGUAGGUGGUUUUUUCUUGUAAAUCCUUGUUAGACAUGUUAUCAGACUUAAUGACUAGGAAAAGAAGCUCCAACAAGCACGAUGACUAGAUUUACCUGUCAAGAAAAAUGGCAUUUUCUUCAUUUACCAGUCUAAUUUCUCUAGCUUACAUGUUAUUUUACAGUACUUGAUUUUUGAUUACAGUAAUAAGAGGCUUGAAGAUCAUUUUCAGCUGUGUAAAGGGUUAUGGGACUAUUUUGUCAUUCUUCAGAAAGUUUUAUUAAUGCCUGUAAUAUUUUAUUUCUUGAAUUCCUUUUGAAAUAAAAGUUGUCAUUCAGCACAUAAUACACAGAUAGGAUGCGAGAAGAUUCAUGUGCAUAUUGCAAGCUAUGGUAAGUGACCACUGUAAAUAUAAAUUUUCACAAACUGAGUGAAUUGCUCUUCAGGCACAGGUCGUGAAGAUACUGGUGAUACAGGUGAAUCGAAUGAUACCUUAAGAUCAGAACUGAAAUUAUUUGAAUGGCUUCCAUGUCUAAUUCAGACAGACUUCUGUAACGAUGGAUGUACGCUCAGUGUCCUAUGUGCUGGUUUCAUUUUUUUGAGCUGGCUACAUACUGUCUUAAAAGAAAAUGAUAAAAAGCUAACUUUUCUAUAUAUAGUUCUAGUUUUCUACUGUCAAAGAUGUGGAUGGCCCUGCGUUUGCUGAAUCCUCACUGACUGAAGCAACUUACUGUUGAUCACAGACUGGAAUGUUAACCUUAAGGGUGAUUCAGGCUAACACAGGAGGUAACAGGAUGCUAAUGCUAAUGCCAAGGUAGUACAGUAUUGGUUUUGAAGCUUAGAUUGAUAAAUUAACUUAGGUGGCUUGACUCAGAAGUGCUCAGUAUUAGCACCUUAGGAGUUUCAGGAGGAGGGGUGGAGGGAGCUGAACAUCUCUAUAAAACCAAGCUGAAGUAAUACAAGAUUCCAAACUGUGACUCCGUGAAACCACUCUACUCGUGUAUCUCAAACAUUUAAUAUACGUUUCUGUAUGUAGUUUUGUUUGUACAUUGUGUGUAUGUAUGUGUCUAUUUAUAUACACAGGCAUAUUUAAUACAUAAAUUUAGAAUAAGAUACAGGUCAUGAGAAGCAUAACAAAGGCAAUAAUGGCAGGUGCAAAGGGGAGGAGGUGAAAGAAUACAGCAGACAGAAGGAUGUUUUGAACACGUGUACCAAAGUACAGACCUGCACAGUGUCACUUGGCCUGGAAAAUAUACUGGGAAAUUACAGGGCAAGAUUUAGGGGGACGGAGAUACCUUUCUGUUUGGGUUUUUUUUUUAAUUGACUGAUAAAACUGAAAAAAGUCCCUCAGGCAUACAAGUCCAUAUCCAGAAAUGACACCAAAUUCAUGCAGCUUUUGGCACACGACAUAAUUUUUAGUAAAGUCAAUGCUCUGUGUGUAUUUUUUUUUAGUGUUUUCCAGUCGGUGAAGUAUGGGGGUUUUUUUGAAUGACUAUGUUUUCCUGGGCUUUGAUCAGCCUCCUUCAGGGUUUGGCUUGCUGCUAUGAUCACAUUAUUUAGGCAAGGUCUGCUUAUAAUUGAAAGGUUUUGUUUGUGUGAAGCUUGAGUGGCUCUCUGUGUAGGCGUGGGGUGUUUUUGUACCCAGAGAACUCUGGAAACCUGUCUUACAAGGGAAAGGGCAAAUGUAAGAGAAAAAGCCCUACAAUGAUUUGUAUAUCUAAACAAGUUACAUGUUUUGAAACAAGUACAGGUUUUAAUUUUGAAACGUACAGAUAUUUCCUUCACAAAUAUUUUCUCAAAAGUAGCAAUAAAGACUAGUGAAUUACUUUGGAAGUAAAAUUUUGUCUGUAGGAGAUAACAGUCCACCAAGCGCAGGGUAAAUAAUAUAUGACCUAUGCCCUUUCCAACAUUGCCCUGCUCUAGGGAUGAGCACAAAGAGCAUUUAUUCCCCAGAAUUUUCAAACAUGUCAAGUGGUACUCGGGACGUAUAAGUGGAUAUUCUCCAAGUCUAAAUCCUGUCUUACUAUUAUCUAUACACGGGGUGUCCAAAUGUCACCAGCUGUUGGGAAAACCCGUUUUGCUGGGCAUUUCAUAAACGUGUCAAACACAGUGGGUAAAAUUCGAGUCUUGAUGAUGUCAGCUGAAAACUCCCCUUGGCAUCUGUGAGAAGUUUGUGCUCAAAAUGCUUCCAGGGUUGUGAUUUCCAAUCACACACACACACA